AGUGGAGUGUUCGAUAGACCCUCCCCUUGGGUUAUCGACUUUGAAGGGGGAGUUGCCAGCGGUGCAGAUACGGAGGAGUCCACGAAGUACUAGUUGUCAUGUCACCAGCGGUAAUGUGAGAUACCCGCUUUCUGCCUGCCAUCGUUUUCCAAAGUCUGUUGAUGCCUGAAGAGGGCUGUUCCGGGCCUCGCACGCAGUUCUCCCGAUGAAGGGGGCUAACGCCGAUGCCGACUCGGACGCCGGGCUGUUCGCCGACACCGAGGAAGAGGACGACUUCACCCCUUUCUCCCCGUCCUCCUCCUCCUCCUCCUCCGCCACGUCACUGAAACCGUUUGUGCCCUCCGCGGCGACGACGACGCCGGACGCCGGCAGCCGCGGCGGUGGCAUCACGGAGCGGGAGUUCUCGUGCCACUGCUGCUACGACGUGCUGGUGGACCCCACCACGCUGAACUGCGGGCACAGCUUCUGCCGGCACUGCCUGGCGCAGUGGUGGGAGUCCUCGCGCAAGACCGAGUGCCCCGAGUGCCGCGAGAGGUGGGAGGGCUUCCCCCGCGUCAACAUCCUGCUCAGGGAUGCGGUGGAGAAGCUGUUCCCCGACGCCGUGUCGCAGCGGCGCGAGCAGAUCCACGGCAACCCCCGCGUCUCGCACUCGGUGCUGGCCUUCCAGCGUCACGGCGACGAGCAGGCCAAUCGGGGCACAGCGGCGGCCGGCGGACAGAGGCGAGGGGCGGGAGGGUUCUUCUCUGGGGUGCUGACGGCGCUCACCGCCGUGGCUGUGAUGCUGCUGGUGUACCACUGGAGCAGUAGGGAGGGGGUGCAGGAGCUGCUGGUCAGUAAGCCCGUGGCCAGCUGGAGCCCGGAGGACGUGGCCCUGUGGCUGGAGCACCUGGGGCCCUGGGCCUCCCUCUACCAGGAGAGCUUCAACUCGGAGCAGGUCAACGGCAGGCUGCUGACUCUGCUGGAUGAGGAGGAGCUGUCCCGGCCGCCCUACAGCGUGCUCAAUCAGGCCCAUCGCCGCGCCAUCCUGGAGGAGCUGCAGAGGGUCCGUGCCCUGGGAGUCAAGCCCCCGCAGAACCUCUGGGAGUACAAGGCGGUUAACGGCGGCAAGUCUCUGUUCCUGCUGUACGCUCUGAAGGGCUCUCCGCGCCUCACGCUGCUCUACCUCUACCUGUUCGACUACGAGGACACCUUCCGCCCGUUCAUCCACACCUGCUGCCCCGCGCAGCGCGUCCACAGGCCCCUGGACGGACGGCCCGCCAAAACGCCGGAGGAGGAGCCUAACUGGAAGCAGUGGUCCGAGUUCCUGGUGAAGCUGGCGCUGCUGCCGUACCAGCUGAUCGCCGAGUUCGCCUGGGACUGGCUGGGCGUGCACUACUGGACGUCGCGCUUCGUCAUCGUCAACGCCAUGCUGCUGUCCGUGCUCGAGGGCUGCGCCUUCUGGAGGCUGUGGAGCCGCGCGCAGAUCAGGACGCUCCCUAAGAAGAUGUGGAGCCACUUCUGGAAGAUGCUGUGGCAGGGGCUGGCCUUCAUCCUGCUGUGGCCCAUGAUCCCCCAGUUUGUGUGCAACUGCCUGUUCUACUGGGCGCUCUACUUCAACCCCAUCAUCAACAUCGACCUGGUGGUGCAGCAGCUGCGCCACCCCGACACACAAGUGCCCUGAGGAGGAGAGGCGGAGACGGAGAGAGAGAGAGAGACACACACAUACAUACAUACACACACACACACACACACACACACACACACACACACAUACACAUACACACACACACACACACACACACACACACACUCUACAUGCGCUCUCUCUCUCUCUCAACUCACAUAACACAACAUACAAGCACAUAAUAGUUAAUAGUUCAUGUAUGGACAUGUACAGGUUCCCUGUUGCUCCCUCACCAUACACACGCGCACACACGCACACGCACACACACACACACACACACACACACACACACACACACACACACACACACACAUACAUACACACACACGCGCACACACACACACACACACACACACACACACACACACUCUCUCUACAUGUGCUCUCUCUCUCAACUCACAUAACACAACAUACAAGCACAUAAUAGUUAAUAGUUCAUGUAUGGACAUGUACAGGUUCCCUGUUGCUCCCUCACCACACACGCACACACACGCACACACGCACGCACACACACACACACACACACACACACACACACACACACACACACACACACACACACACACACACACACACACACACACACACACACACUCUUGCUGGUCAUGCAUACUCGCAGUACACGCUUCAUAUAGAAAUGUGUGCUCAUACACAUAUUUCUGUGUAUGCGCACAGCACACACACCUUAGAAAGAAGAGUGAUUUACUGUUUUGAAGUACAAAUGACGUGUUGUGCACACACACACUGUGAGCAUCAGACUCAUGCUCUUCUAGUAUGUAAUUUUGUAUAAUAGGACGGUUCUGGUUGAACUUAAAAUCAGUGAUGAGCGAGCAACGCUUAAAGCAUUGAAGAAGAAAAAACAAGAUGUAAACGUUUUUUUUUUUUUUUUAUCAUUUGAAAUUGCUGAUCUUUGUUGAUUUUUAUAUAUUAAUAUUAAUUUCAAGUUUUGAAAAAAGAAAAUAACUCAUGCUAUUGCGUGCCAGUCUUAGUCGAGACCCUUAAAGUGUGAUACCAGAUGCCUGAGCCGUAUUGCCAGAUGUUUUCAUAGACGUUACCCUGAAGUACAAUAGUUCUGUAUGCUUUAUGCACCAAUAAUACACAGUGUAACAAACUCUGAGACAAAACAACGCGUACCAAACAAUAUUAAUGAUUGGCCUGGUUUUCAUCAAUAUUACAGUCUAUGGAAACUCUGAACACUAAUGCUUUCUGUAAAUGAAGUGUAAAUAUUAAGAACUAUAUCAAGGGCUAUUGUCUAACAUGAUUUCUCCGAAGACUUAUCUGUGUGUGUGUGUGUGUGUGUGUGUGUGUGUGUGUGUGUGUGAUUGAGAGAGAGAGAGAGAGAGAGAGACAGAGAGAGAUUGUGAUUGAGUGAUUGUGAUUCAAUUGGGGAGAGAAUUUGUUUAGUUGCCAAUUUCUGUCUUUUUUUAUGUUCACCCAUUUUCUCUGUUCUUGUUGUAAUUUCAUUGAUUUUUGAAGAAGAAAAAAAAAACAAAUCUUUAUUUUUUCAUGUGAUUCAUAUAUUAUGCACUUUUAAAUGUAUUUACUAUGACAACCAGAGUGUAGUCAUGAACCGUUUGUUUCUUUCCAUGUAUGCAAGCGUCUCACUGAAAUGAACGUGAGCAGAAUAUGAAUAAAACAUUUGUUUUGUUUAUUUCUGUUUUAAUAUAA